AUGAGACCACGUACAACGGACAAUGCCCGGCUAACAUUCAACCACAGCACCAUAAAAUCGCUCAACAUAGACAAAAUACGCGCACUCAUCCAAUCGAUCUACAAUUUCAAAAAGAAACCGUCAUUUGUAAAGGUGGCCAACAGAUGGAACAUGAAAUCGUUCAAUGUGCUUUUUUUGGUGGAUGAGUGUGAUGAUAUGACGGGCAAGAUGGGUUUUGACGGGAGUUCGUUCGUUGCACGGAGGAUGCCUAAGCUACCACCAUUUUAUACGGUGUAUCCCUUGCAGGAUAAUUUCAGCGUGCAUGAGAUUGAACGAAUUGUUUUUAAGGAUAUAGGCGAGGAUGUACGACCAGAUAUCGGUGUGCUCAAGCAUGUGGAGUAUUUCCGACACUUUGUUGUGAAGGAUCCGUUCAGCAUUUACCUGGAGGAUGACCGGUUCGUUAAUUCGGAUAUCUCGGUGUCUGAGGCAAAUAAAAUCGAUUGGAGGAUGUAUAAGCGUGCGUACAAGCACACGGCACAUAAACUGAUAGCAAUGGACUGUGAAAUGCUCGUUACGGACGUAGGUGUUGAGCUGGGCAGGGUUACCCUUCUGGACAUACAGGGCGACACUUUGCUCGAUAUCUACGUCAAGACAGAUAAUACAGUAGUGGACUACCGCACCGAGUAUUCGGGGCUGUGCGAAGAAUCGUUCAAACAAAGCGUAUGUUUUGAUGCAGCGCAGUCCAUGGUUCUUGAGCUGAUCGGUAUUGAUACCAUCUUGCUCGGCCACUCGCUAUACAACGAUCUGAAAAUACUUCAAAUCAACCACGGCAAGCUCAUAGAUACGAGUCGCUUGUUCAGGACACGCGAUAACUACAAAAUAUCGUUGAAGAGCCUUGCCAACAAGUACAGGUGCAUAUCCAUACAGAACGGCACGCACUGCUCGUAUGAGGAUGCAUAUGCCUGUCUGCAGCUGCUGUCUAUCAAGGUACGAACGUUAUAUGAGCUGUUCAGUUCAGAGCGUUACUUUGGGUUUGUUAAGGUGGACAGGAAUGCCGGUCUUGAGAAACUGAAAGUGAGCGAAAGAUGUGCACGUACUGCAUUCAUCAGUAUACGUGAGUUAGAAAGCCUUGAUGUGCUGGAAAGGGUCAAUAAUUACUACAUCGUUAUUUAUCGGUGCAAGGGAAAGGCAUACGCUGGUGUUUAUGACAGCAAGAGGUGACAGAGCAAAUAAUAAAGCUAUUUUACACCUCAGCAAUGUAUAGCAGAGCAAUGUGCCGGAUGUUGACACGAAUGGACCACCCUUUAACGUGUGGUACCUCCUGGAA